GCGCGCUUUCGGAAGAGGACGCUCUUUCUCCGCCCUCUUAGCCGUUGCUACUGGAGACGCCCGUUAGCUCUAAAUAGGGAAAGCCGCCAAGGAUGCGUAGCCGCGAAGAGGUCGACGCCACUCUGCAGGUCGCUAAACUAAACCCUGCGGAGCUGCUUCCGACGGUGCAGUGCCUCAGCUUUAGCCCGCAGGUCGAUGCCGGGGAUUACAGUCUUCUGCAGCUGGAGCCGGAGCUAUGCCACGAGUUGGAGGCGGGGCGAAGCCUGGUGAUCCGUGGAGAGAAAGAUGAACAUGCUGUGAUAUGCAGUAAAGAUAAGACUUAUGACAUGAAAAUAGCGGAUACUUCCAAUAUGUUGCUUUUUAUUCCUUGCUGUGAAACUCCAGAGCAGCUUGGUGCAGACAAGGCUUCCUCUAAUAUCCUCCACACUGAGAUUACAGGCUUCUCCAAUAAUUUUUGGGAACUAAGAAGGCGGCGGCCUAAACUGAAGAAACUCAAGAAACUUCUAAUGGAAAAUCCUUAUGAAGGUCCAGACAGUGAGAGAGAGAGAAUUGCGACUAACUCAAAGUAUACAACAGAGGACUUCUUGGAUCUGGUCCAAGCAAGUGAGGAAGAAAUAAUGCAUCAACUGAAGGUUCUGAAAGCAUGUCAAGUUCAAGGGUACUGGAGGAUUCUAGACUUUGAUUAUGAGAUGAAACUGUUGAAUCAUGUGACCCAGCUAAUAUAUACAGAGUCCUGGUCAUUCAGCAAAGUUCCUUUAAGUGUAUGUGUUCAAGAGCUUGGUCCUCUAGAACCCAAGGAAAUGAUAGAACACAUCCUGGAAAGUUACGGGAAAAAAUACAUGGAUGAAGGUGAGACUUACUUUGAAAUGAAUGAAGAGAAGGUAUGUAGAGCAAUUGCACAAAUGCUCUUACAAAAUGCAGUUAAAUUCAAUCUCUCGGAAUUCCAAGAAGUAUGGCAGCAGAGUGUCCCUGAAGGAAUGACAACUAGACAGGAUCAGUUAAAGGGGUUGGCUCUUGUGGAUAGAUCCUCUAAGCCAGAGAUAAUUUUCUUGCUGAAUGUUGAAGAUUUGCCAGAAGAUGAUAAUGAAAGGUUUAAAAGCUUGUUCUCUCUUCGGGACAAAUGGACAGAAGCUGAUAUAGCUCCAUAUGUAGAGGACUUGUGCUCAGAGAAGCAAACGAUUGGCACACUACUAACGAAAUAUGCUCGUUCUUCAAUGCAGAAUGGACUCAAAGUUUAUAAUUCAAGAAGACCUGUUUCAUAAGCAUUAUUUCAGCUAAGCAGGGGCUGAAAUUACUCUAAAGACUGUCAACAGGUAGAUCAAAUUUAAUUUGUAGAUUUGGGGAUUUAUCAAAACUUUUUCCACAUAGUUUAAUUCCCACGAUUUUCUUUGAGGCAUCUAAUAAUACUAAGAUUUCUUGAGAGUUGUUCUUUACUGAUGAAGCUAAUAUUUCUAGAGAAAUUUAAAAAGCACUAUAUGGAUACUUCAUUCAAAUCCUUUCUGUAUUUUGUUUAAACAAAUCUGUAUUAAAAUAUUAAAAAUUAUAUGUUAAAGCAUGCAUUGUAAAAUAAUGGGUUAUCUUGUAAGAAGAGCAGUUUAAGAUAGAGGAUGGGUUUUUUAACCCUUUCCUUUAUAGUACUAACAUUUAAACCUGAUCGUCCUUUGAAGAACUAAAUCAGCCUUCCAGGACACAAUUCUGCUGGUGGUAUGUAACUUA